GGGAGUCCCUCCUGGUCGGCGUAUCUCAUCUCACGCAUUCACGCAGAGGCGUAUUUAGUACUCGCCAGGAAAGUGCAGCGUGAAGACUCGGAGAUACUGUGAGUACAUAAGAGACCAGCAGCCACGACCACACCACAGCAAUAAUUGCCAGAGCACGCACAAACUAUGACUAUUAUGGAGACAGAUGAAGCUCCCGACAUGCCAUCUCCUCAUCGGGAGGAGCAGUCUAGCAGCAGUGGAUAUGCUUCUUAUGUUCCACACGAUCUCAAGUACAACGCAGACUUCGAAGAUGCUGUCAUGCGCAUCACACUUGCGCCUACUGCCUCGCAAGAUGGGAUCCGUAUCAUCCCCGAGAAUAGCGCAGAACAGCCCGUCGAAGGGAUCUCUGUCCGCGCUCGAGAUGUCACGCCACAGAGCCUGCCCGCCAUCGCCGAAGCUGACCUGCCACUUCCUCUCGAGGAUCCUCGCCGCGUCUUCGCUAGUGCUAUACCUGGAAUCAAGCUCACUCACCCCGGAGGCUAUCUCGAAGGUGGCCCUGGUCUCGACCCUGAUAUGGAUACUUUCCCCGAGGACUUUUUGAGCAACCACCAAGACGUACGAACCACAGCCGAAUUGCGCGCCGCGGUGGACAAAAAGAUCGAAGAGAAUAUGUCUGAGUUGAAGGAGCGAAUGCGCAAGCGCGAUCAGGCAGUGAAGCAGAAUGAAGAAGUCGCCAAAAAGCUACAAGAACUGGUACUCCAGCACACUAUGGAGCUUAAAGUCCAUAAGAAGCUGGCCGACGACAGACGCGCAAGAAGGGAGGCCAAAGAUCGGCGGCGCGCUGGUUCUACGCUGGCACCUUGACCGUAGCUUUGCUCUGAACCCCAUUGCGGUCGGAAGCGUCGCAUCGCACGCAUCUUGGGCGAAAUACUAUCGGGAUGAACAUGUGGAGUCUCCACGACGGAAAUGACGCGAGAUGUGCACCUGAGUCGCGCGACGACCGUGGUUGACCUUUCUAUAUCUGUCAUUCGGACUUUAUCACCUUGUUUUCAUUAUAUCUGCGUGCUCGAUCCCGACGACUACGUCAACCGAGCACGCAGAUAUAAUGACAACAAGCCUUCUUGGCCAUUUGCAAAGGUGGCUGCGGACGAGAAUUGAUACAGCAUGUCUUGAGAAAUCUCAAGCAUGGCCAAUAAUCCAUUGAGCAGCAAUUGAAAUCCGACUUGUUGCGACCUCUCUUCGCUCGUCUCUUCUCCUUCAAAAGAGCCGCCGCGCUAACGCGACGAGCCACUGCAAGAUUUGCAUACUUGGCACGUCCUUGUCAAGUCGUCCAUCUCACGUUCCACUAUGGAAACCUCGCAGCUUGUGGGUCGCUUGCUCCUGUUCACCUAGGUCUGAGACGCCAACUGAUGGUGUCAGUGCUGCCAACAACUGCGGAGAGGCUGAAGAUCACAGUCGCAAAUCUGCAAAGUCCUCUUGCACGGGGGUCUCUACCUUGCUGUUCCUCAGCUGCUAUUACUGUCGUCUGCUGAGGUACGGGCAUCGUAAGUCGAGGAUGGGAAGAUGGGAGGAUGCGUGAAGAAACGGAGUGUAGUUGAACACAAGGCAGCCAUCAUGUUC